AUGGCAGUAGAGGAAAAAGGUUGGAUUUUAGAACACACAUCUUUGAAACCCUUUACAUAUCCAGUGCCUGAGACAAGGUUUCUUCAUGCUGGCUUGAAUGUAUACAAAUUUAAGAUCAAAUAUGGCAACACAAUUAGCAUUAAUACUGACCUUGAUGAAAGCAUUGUCAGUAAGGAACUACAGGGUGCUAUUCGAGUAAUACUUGGAAACCUUGAUAAUUUAUGCCCAUUUACAACUGAACACUUGAUCAUAUUUCCAUAUUUAAAUAAGUGGGAAAGAGUGUCAGACUUGAGGUUUAUGCAUGGUGAUGCAUUUCUUACUCCUUAUCCAUACGUCUGCACUAUUUAUGUCGAAUUAAAUUCAUGCAAGCAAAAUAAAUAUGAAGGUGAAGGAGAAUAUAGGGAUUUCUGUAACUCCGUGAGUAUUGCCUCCCAGUGUUUGAAAAAAAAGAUGGGGAUAAGAAAAAGCUUAUGAAUAUGGUUGGAACUAAUAUCUAAAUGAAACGGGGAGAGGAAAGUGCUUAAGCACUUGGAUUAUGACUGUACUUAAAAAUAAAUCCACUAUAUCAGAGGUGAACCAACUGCAAGACUUAGGUGGCUCCCCAAAAUUGUCCACAACUUGCUGCCAAAUUGUAACUUUGGCUAAUAUUAUAACUUUUAUACAGCAGAGGUAGAUAAUUGAAUGCAUUGGAAAUAAAAC